UUCUUAGUAAAGUGCUCUCCGUCUGUUCUGGGCGGUCAUCUUCAGUAUGGCAGGUGAAAAUGGAAGGGGACACCGGUCACGUCAAAAUGUGGCAGUCCUAUUGGUCCUGUGCGCUUUGGCCCCGAGUUUAACUUGCUUUAGCUUGCGAGGGCUGAGCAAAAGAGUUAAGCAGGGCAAGGUAGUUGAUGAGGCUACAGUGACGGACAUAAGGACAGGAAGCAUUCUCUUCGAUGGAAAAGAGCUUAAUUCCCGGUCAGGGUCCGCAUCUGCAGCUGCCACAGGAAAGGAUGAAUUGCUGCAUGUUGAGUCGGAUCAAUCAGAUGGCACAGGUUGGUCAAGAGAACGAAGGCAAGAUAUGGAUUCUAGGGAAGCAUCAUGGAGGCGCAUGGCAUCUUCUCUGCAGUGUGGUGGGGACCAUUUGAAGUUCAGAGCAGUGGGACCGGGAGCUUCACAGUUUGUAGUGGAACAAGGAAAUGCACCUCCAAUGCCUCUGUCCCAGGUCCCUUCCACCUGUGGCUACAACAUACAGAGAAACUCCCUUGCACUUGUUAUGUUGGUUCCCUAUGAUGGCUGCAACAUGGUUCAAGAGGGUGGAAGUUAUGUGCUCCCAAUGCGUUGGCAGGGAGUUCCAGUGUUACUCAGGUGUCCCAAAACCACAACUGCUGCGCCAACCACAACUGCUGUGCCAGUCAGAACUACUGCGCCAACAACAAAGACACCAGAAAUGCCUCACUUUCCGCAAUACCCCCUUUUCCCCCCUUUUUAUCCUUACUUUCCUCCCCCUCCAACGACUACUGCUGCUGCUCCAACGACUACUGCUGCUGCUCCAACGACUACUGCUGCUGCUCCAACGACUACUGCUGCUGCGUCAACCACAAAGACACCUGAAAUGCCUCACUUUCCGCAAUACCCCCUUUUCCCCCCUUUUUAUCCUUACUUUACUCCUCCUCCUGCAACCACAACUGCUGCUGCGUCAACCACAAAGACACCUGAAAUACCUCACUUUCCGCAAUACCCCCUUUUCCCCCCUUUUUAUCCUUACUUUACUCUCCCUCCUGCGUCAACCACAACUGCUGCGUCAACCACAACUGCUGCUGCGUCAACCACAAAGACACCUAAAAUGCCUCACUUUCCGCAAUACCCCUUUUUCCCUCCUUUUUAUCCUUACUUUCCUCCCCCUCUUCCAGUCACAACUGCUGCACCGACUACCACUACAACCACCACUGCAAAGCCAGCAGCCACAGCUUUUCCUCUAUACCCACCUUACUUCACUAAAUUUCCUUGGCACUUCCGAUAGCCUCUACCAGCAACUGCCAAACAACUAAACCGCAGUUUCCACCACGUGCCUUUCUCUCAUCCAUAUCCUCUUUCCCUCACUAGUCCCAAUAUCCAACCCCCUAAGCCAGAAACGCCAACUACCUCAACUAAGUAAACAGACCUCCCACUGACUCAAUCACUGCCGGACCAUUACCCUUGACCUUCCAUUUAUGCCCCUCCCCCUUAUUCUAGCCUGCUGAACCUGUUUGAAUAAAUGGUUUGAAAAACA